AUGUCGUUUCAGAGACCUGCAUUCGAUGCCCUGCCUUUGCGCAAAGAUGGGCCUCCAGGGAAUGCCUGGGGGAUGUUUGGGGAUCAAGACCAGAUGGGCAUGCUUAAUUUAUUGACGCCAGAGAACACCACCGCGGCUGCUGGUGAGAUUGUUGAGGGCGUGCGAGUCUCAACAGAUUGGGCUCUCAAUAGCAUGGCGACUCCAUGCUUUGGACGAUCUGCCUUUGAGCAUACUGUCAAGAACAAAGCUCCCCGGGCAGUCAACGAUGAUAUCUUGGUUUUUAACACACAGAGUAGUAGCCAGUGGGAUGGCUUCAGACAUUAUGGAUCGAAGCAAGGAACGUUCUUUAAUGGGUGCACUCAGGACGACAUCCAGAAUUCCACUCGAAAUGGCAUUCACGUAUGGGUCGAAAAUGGCGGUAUUGUGGGACGAGGCGUUCUCUUGGACUAUGCGGGCUGGGCAGAGGCGAACGGGAAAGAAGUGAAUUGUUUUGAAACCCAGUCGAUCCCAGCUUCUGUACUCCAGGAGGUAGCUGCUAGUCAGAAUACCACAUUCCGACCGGGAGAUAUCUUGUUUAUUCGCACGGGUUGGACUCGAGCGUAUGAACAGCUGUCCCAGGCGGAAUGUCAGCAACUGGCCGACUAUGCAGCACCUCCAGUGAUUGGAGUAGAAUCUUCCGAGGCCAUGCUGCGCUGGAUUUGGGAUCUUGAAUUUGCCGCCGUGGUGGGAGAUAUGCCGAGCUUUGAAGCAUAUCCAUGCCAGAAUCAAGAUUUCUUUCUUCAUGAGUGGUUGCUGGCGGGCUGGGGCGUCCCAAUCGGGGAAUUAUUCGAUCUCGAGCAGCUCAGCCAGGAGUGUAGCAAAAGAGAUCGCUGGACCUUUUUCUUUAGUAGCGUGCCAUUGAAGAAUAUGGUCCUUGGAAAUGCAGGCAUAUCGCGUCAGGCAGCAGAAGAUCGCUCAAGAAGGUCGAUGGUAGCCUGUAACCGCUGCCGUUCUAGGAAAACUCGCUGCGCCGGCAAUCCACCCCACCCUUGUGCAGCAUGCGUGGAUGCGGGCAAGAACUGUGUCUAUUCAGAGGCUGAAAAGCGAGUCUCCAUAACCGAGAGCUACUAUCGUCAACUACAAGCGCAAGCUCCUGCGUCGCGAGAAGGUAGUCAUCCAACGCCGUCAAGUGAACCAUCUAUAUCCAAUCGCUACUCUGAGGGGCCACCAGAACGCGACGACUGGUGGUACAAAGGGACAGACAAUCUGUUCUUGAAUCGAUUGGGAGAACAUCAUUUCGUGGGUGCUUCGUCCACCACACAUCUCGCGAAACGGCUCAAUCCCGGCUCCACAAAUCUUGCAUGGGAUGUGCGCCCACUUUACGAUGACCCUUCAUCAUUGAAAAGACCAAUUGGCGGCUCAUUGCCUCAAUUACCACCUUUUGAGUUUGCGAAGCGACUAUUCUGGGUACAAUAUGCUUACAUUGGUACUAUCUUCUCCCUUAUUCAACCCAUGGAAUUUGAAGAGCGACUCGAUCUAGUCUAUCAUCAACCACUUGACUUUUCACAUCGCGAGUCUUGCCUAGUAUAUUGCCAAACACUUUUAGUCAUCUCUUUUGGCUUGAUGUACAGUGUGAAUCAGUGGAUUGGCGAGGAAGGUCCUCCUGGCUUCAAAUACUUCAAGCAUGCGUUACGUUUCUUGCCAGAUAUUCACGAAGAGGGUUCGAUUCUCUUCGUUGAGGUGCUAUGUUAUGUGGCAUACUAUAUGCAGAAUCUCAACAGGCGGGACGCUGCCUUCCUCUAUAUCGGACUCGCUCUGCGCAUGGCCAUUUCCCUAGGUCUGCAUCAAGAGGUGUCUGACCCCUCAAUAAGUGAAGGAGAUCGCAACCGUCGACGUCGGGCUUGGUGGUCUGUGUACAGCUUGGACCGGUUACUCUCGGUCAAGUCUGGCAAUCCUAUUACAAUUCAUGACGGAGACAUUGGGAUAACUUGGCCCACAACUGUGGGUGGAUCAAACUUCGAUCCAUGGCCAUCAACCGUUCUCACUCAUUAUACACAAUUAUCGCGUAUAUUGGGACGGAUCGGGGAAGAAAUCUACAGAAAGAAACCUGGAUCCGGAUCCAACCUUGUUGCUUCUGUCCAAAGUAUCACAAAUGACCUUUCUGGCUGGCUGCGGCAAGUACCAGACCGGCUCCGUAUCGAUUUCACUACACUCGAUACCCACAUCAAUCGAGAGUCUGUCUCGAUCAAUUUGCACUUCUACUCAUGUGUGAAUAUGACUGCACGCCCGUUGGUCUUUUAUGUCAUCCAACGGCGACUCGACGCAGAAGCCCUUGGAUCCGCAACAGAAGACUGGAAAGAAGGGCUGGCUCCCAAUACCGUCGCCGUCAUUGACAGCUGUAUCACAGCAGCGCGAGCAACCACUGUGAUCAUGGAUGCAGCUGCAAAACAUAAUCUCGUUGCCACAUAUGGAUACCUCGAUGGUGAAUAUGUCUUCUCCGCUGCAUUGCUGCUGGUCAUGGUGAAUGCCGCGUUUCCGCCUAAUGAGACCAACGCCCGGGCCAUGGAGACCGCACUGAGCCUUCUUCGCGGUAUGGCAGAUCGCGGAAAUACAUAUUUGGACUCCCGUCACACAUUACUGUUGGAAUUACGCGCAGCCAUUGGGCCUAGACGCGCCGAAGAAAAGGAUACUGAUACGGCGAAUUCUCUUGAUGCAGGUCAAAAGGCCCCUGUGACGCCAAUGACCGAAAACGGCGCAACUGUAUCAGACAAUGUUCCAGAUUCGAGCACAGAGUUAGCAGCUUCACAAGUGCUUACUUAUAACUGGCCGCAACAGCCAGAUCUCCCGUCUUUCCGGGAUAUUGCCUUCCAGUUUGAUCUUAACGAUGAUCCAGCACUCUGGGAGGGGGCUUUGGAUCAAAUCGACAUUGAUAUGGACACUGACUGGAUUGAGAAUACUUUAAAGCGAUAA